UCUGUAUACUCGCUCGCGCUGUCAUGAAAUAACAUAAUUCCCGUUCAUUUAACAGCUGAUUUAUAUAGCAAACAUAGAUUCAAAUCACUUGUGUCUCAAUAUAUAUACGCACGAAAAGCCCUAAAAUGACCGAGGAGGAAGACACAUUGCAGAAAACUAGACAUGAAUUUGAAGAUCUGUGUCGAGGUCUGAAUAUGGACGAGGAGUCGAGUAACGGAGCAUGGAGAAGCUAUGAGAAUAUCAGCAAAAAUUACACUCUCGAGGGUAGUGAACUGCACUGGUUGGCGUGUGCUCUGUAUGUGGCUUGUAGAUCUUCAGUGCCCACUGUGAGUAAAGGCACAGCUGAGGGCAACUAUGUGUCACUGACCAGGAUCCUGCGCUCUUCAAAACAGAGCUUGAUUGAGUUUUUUAAUAAAAUGAAGAAAUGGCAGGACAUGGCCAACCUGCACAAAGAGUUCCAGCAGAGCACCGAGAAACUAGAGAGAAACUUCACAGUCACCGCUGUCAUCUUUAAGAAAUAUGUGCCCAUAUUCAAAGACAUCUUUAAAAUACCCACAGAAGAAUUACCAAGAAUACACAGAGGCCGGAAACAGAGACGAUAUCCCUGCACUGUCACUGAAGUCUUCAACUUCUGCUGGAUCCUCUUCAUUCAUGCUAAAGGAAAUUUCCCGAUGAUCAGUGAUGAUCUGGUGAACUCGUAUCAUUUGCUCUUGUGCGUUUUGGAUCUGGUUUACGGCAACUCACUGCUGUGUUCCAGCCGGAAAGAUCUGCUCAACCCUUUAUUUAAAGGACUGCCUGAGGACUUCAAAAGUAAAGAUUAUAAACCAGGUCCAGGAUCUUUAUGUUUCAUAGAACAGCUGUGUGAACUGCAUGAUGGUCUGGUGCUGGAGGCCAAAGGAGUGAAGGAACAUUUCUUGAAACCCUUCAUCAAGAAACUCUUUGAACGCAAGGUAUUGAAAGGUAAAGAAGACACAAUGACAGGAUUCUUGGAGCCAGUUAAUUUUAGUGACAGUCUCACAUCUCUGAACCGUGUGUAUGAGGAACAUGUGUUAUCGUCCGGUUCUCUUGAUGAGAGAAUUUUUCUGGGAGAAGCAGCAAGAGACAUUGGUUCUCCAGGACCCUGUUUCUGUGAGGGGAUAGAGAACCAGGAACGACCCGCCAACAUACUUCAAAACUCUUUCACAGCUUCUGCACUUAAAGUAUCGACUCCUCUGACGGGAAGGAGGUACGUGCCGGACAGUAGCAUCGGUACCCCUGUUUCCAUGGCGAUGCUGAGUGUGGGCCGUCUGCACACUUUUCUGUCUGGAAUUAAACACAGACCCAGCAUGACACUGAAAGACACAUUUAGAUCUUGUGUGAGAGACCCAAGUGAGUCCAUAUCAGCCAGACUGAAGGAUAUGUCAGAGAUCUUUCUUCAGAAUUACGAGGGAACAGGCGAGGAGAACAAGAGUCUGGCCAGAGAUGUUGCUAUGAAGUAUUUUUGCCUGGCUGAGGCUCUGUAUUACAAAUCACUGGAAGUCAUCAUCAACCAGGAGAAGAAACGUCUUGGAGAGGUGGACCUGACAGGUAUUCUCGAGCAGGAUGUGUUCCAGCGCUCGCUGAUUGCCUGCUGUCUGGAGAUCGUCAUUUUCUCAUACCGACCACCAGGAGAGUUUCCACGAGUCUUACAGAUCUUUGACCUGCCUGCUUUUUAUUUUUACAAGGUGAUUGAGGUGCUUGUGCGGGCAGAGGAGGGUCUUUUCCGGGAGGUGGUUAAGCAUCUGAAUCAUGUUGAGGAGCAGGUACUGGAGUGUUUGGCAUGGAAAGAGAGCUCGCCGCUGUGGGACAGUAUCCGAGAUGCCAAGAACUCUGUUCCUGCCUGUUGGGAGGUAAUGCCACCUCAACACAUUGAAGACAGUUCCGGAAACAGUACACACACUCCCAAAAAGAGUGAGUUGAGCAGUAACAUCACAGGAGCAGGGAAAGGAGUUUCUCCAUCACCCACCUCUCUCCAUGAUCGCUACAGCUCGCCCCCUUCUGGCACGGCUCGCCGCCGCCUCUUUGUUGAUGGAGAGAUGCCCAGUGACCCUGCCCAACAUGUCAAGGUGGCCCAACCGUCUCUGGUCAGCACCAUUGCAGCUGGACAAACUGUGGUCACUAUGGCAACAGCAACAGUCACUGCAAACAAUGGCCAUACAGUUACCAUACCUGUUCAAGGAAUAGCCAAUGAGAGUGGAGGCAUCACAUUUAUCCCAGUACAAUUGAGCAUGACGGGCCAAAGUGGGGCUGUUCUACCAACCCUAAAUGCCCAGAGUCUGACGGGCACCCUGACCACCCAGCAGCUAACGGGUAUGCCCAUUGGCACCGCUCAAAACAACCCGAUCCCUGCUAAACAAGACAAGAAGAGUCCUCAGCAGGGAACACCCACCCGGGCACAGAAGACCGGGUCACUCAGCCUGUUCUUCCGCAAGGUUUAUCACUUAGCUAGUGUGCGGCUCAGAGAUCUGUGUGCUAAACUGGACAUCAGUGCAGAUCUGCGCAGAAAGAUCUGGACGUGUUUUGAGUAUUCACUAGUGCACUGCACUGAACUCAUGAUGGACCGACAUCUAGACCAGCUGCUUAUGUGUGCCGUCUACGUCAUGACCAAGGUAACUAAGGAGGACAAGUCUUUCCAGAACAUCAUGAAGUGCUACAGAUCUCAACCACAGGCCAGCAGCACUGUGUACAGGAGUGUGUUGAUCUCUGGGAGGGGAUGUCACUUAGGAAGCAGUGAACACACACACAGACAGAGCUCAACCACUAACACAGCAGAAGAACAAGGGAGCGGUGAGAGCAGUCCCAUGUCCAUGCGCUCCAGCAGCACUCUGCCCAUUCCUCAACCCAGCAGUGCCCCCUCCACCCCGACCCGGGCACCUGGGGCCACUCAAGAGCAGGAGGAGGAGAGAGGAGACCUCAUCCAUUUCUACAACCACAUCUACAUCAAACAGAUCAAACAGUUCGCACUGCGUUACUCCAGCAACUCGCCGAAAAACAAGGCUGAAGCCCCUCCCCUCUGUCCAUAUCCUUCACUCCGGACUGGCUCUCCUCGCCGGGUCCUCCUCUCCCACAAUCACUCCAUCUACAUCUCUCCUCACAAGAGCACCAGCCCCCUCUCACCUCGAGACAAGGUCUUCUACUACAUCAGCUCCAGCCCAUCAAACCGGCUGCGAGAGAUUAAUGCCAUGAUCCGGACAGGCGAAACGCCCAAUAAGAAGCGCUGCAUCGCCCUGGAGGAGGAGCAGCAGUCUCCCGCCAAGAGACUCUGUCAGGAUAAUCAGACGGCGCUGCUCAGACGCCUGCAGGAUGUGGCCAACGACCGCAGUUCUACACACUGAUGUGUCAAUAUUUGAAAUGAGAAUUACAGAUACAUGUAAAGAUACAACUCACCCAAAAUACAUUUAGGAUAGUCCUUUCCCAAAGCAACUGACAAAUACAAUCAAUUCAUCCUUUACAUAAUGGCCACAUAAUUAGAGUACUUCACUCAAAAAUGGAAAAUUUUGUCAUUAUUCAUCAUUAUUUUCAGUGGAACUUAAAAGGAUAUUUUUUUAAGAAUGUUCAAGCAUCUCUUUUCCAUACAACAGUAGUUUAAAUUGAUCACAACUGUCAACUGCAAAUAGAACACUAUAAAAGCAUCAGAAAAGUUGUCCAAAUGACUUACAGACCAAUUUAAGUAAUUACUCCUGAUAAUAUUCACUUUCGCUGCAGCUCUCAAAUAACAUUCUGCAUUUUGUAUUUUCAAACCGGCCAAUCACGUUUGAUUAUGGUACACAGAAAAACCAAGUGUCUUUUCAUUGACACAUUCAGUCUGUCAUGAAACAUUGACCUGCAAUUUGCCUGAUAAGAUUUAGAAGAAGAGAAACAUUUCAGCGAAUAAACAAUUUCAGUUUAUUCCUCAUUUAAAGCUGUCGUAUGACUUCAGAAGACUUGGAAUAUACUGUACCGCAAAAAUCGAAUGGACCGCUUUUAUGGUGUUAUAUACAAUUUAUAUAUAAAAACAGCAGCAUAUGGGUUUGGAACAACAUGAGGGUGUCAACAAUUACAUCAUUUUCAUUUUUGGGUGAACUAUGCCUUUAUAGCCAUUGCUCACAAACCUAUGAGCUGUUUAAUUGUGAAAAAACACUAGUUAAUUUAAUCUGAAAAGAAAUUCAGCCAUAAUCAAACAAUGAUAUUGACUCAGAUAUUUUUUAAUCUAAAAAAAAAAAAAAAGGAUUUUAUAGAGUAUUUUGUGUGCUUAAAAAGGAUGUUUCAUGACAAGAUUUGAAGGAGAUUUUAAGCACUUAAGGAUUUGUUUGCCAAUCUUGCGCUGCGUUUCUCAUUUGUGUUUUAUAAAGAACUAUUUUUCAUAAAGAGUUUUAUAAUGUAUAUUAUCAGAGUUCAUCUUCAGAAACCAAGAGAUGUCUGUCAUCUCUUUCUAUGUGUCUGUGUAUUUGCUGUCAUUGUAUGUGUAUGUCCGGUUUAUAUAUUUAUAAAAUAAAUUAACCAACAUCAGGUAGCUAAGAAUCAUGUUAAAAGUAGAAAGUGUGUGCACAGAAAUGUCAUAUUUAUUUUGUCAUGUUGUUCUUUGCAUGUAUUAGAUGUGCUAAAAUCAGUACUUGUUCCCUCUUCAGUUCUGAAAGGAAUUUAUUCAGUAGUCUCUACUCAUUAACAAAUGAACAUGUUUUCUUCACUGUUAUUUCUGAAAUAUGGCAUGUGAUUGUUGUAAGUGCCUUUCCUGAUAAAUUUUAUGCUUUACUCUUUACACAGCAACCCAGCAUUAAUUCAAACCUGUGAACCAAUAAAGCUGUUG